AUGAGGUAUCUUCGAGGCACUUCCCAUUUGCGACUUGGUUUGGGAAAUGGACAACCAUUAUUAGUUGGCUACACAGAUGCAGAUAUGACAGGGGAUGUGGAUACUCGUAAGUCUACUUCGGGUUAUUUGAUCACUUUUGCAGCCACCAUCUCUGACACCAUCCCGAGCACGGUGGCUAUUGACUCUGUUGUCAGCACCCCUGCUACCAACCCGAGCGCAUCUCCACAAAUCACUACAGCCCCUGCUGCCGCUGGGGGCGCUCGGGACAAAGAACGAGGCAAAAGGCCUCAUCCUGACAGUGGAGUCGACCCUGAGGAGGAACCUCUCAUAAGAAGGACCUGGGUCUCUGGGCCGAGUGCUCUCUUGCAUCGCCCGGUCAGAGCUCCUGCCCCCUCUGGGCCUGUUGUAGCUGGUGCCUCUGCUUCUGCUUCAGCCUCCCCUUCUCUUCCCACUUUACCACCUUGGGCUCCUCGGAUAACUACAGCUCCUCCUACCGCUCUACCACUAACCGCUCCUCAAUCGUCAACUGUGGUACCUCCCAUAACCACUGCUGACGGUAGCCCCCAGCAGAAUGACUCUGUUAUUCAUCUUGAUUCCCCACCUCGUGAGGGUGAGAUGGCUGAUGGGACCGAGGAGGCGGGUCGGCAUAACCAGGAGGCUGUCGGUACUGAAGCAGCUAGCUAG